AUGGCGGUCGAGACGUUGCGGCUGAGGAAGGAGGGUUUGGGGCCGCCGGCGGCAGCCGCGGUGGCUGGAGGGGAAAAGGAGGCCCACUUCCGCGGUGUGAGGAAGCGGCCAUGGGGAAGGUUCGCGGCGGAGAUCCGAGACCCGUGGAAGAAGACGAGGAAGUGGCUGGGGACCUUCGACACCGCUGAGGAGGCGGCGCUGGCCUACGACGCGGCGGCGCGUACGCUCCGUGGGUCCAAGGCCAAGACCAACUUCGGGUACUCCGCCGCUGACGUCGAGAUCGUUCCCGCCGCCGUGCAGGAGCCGCAGAUCGGCUUGCUGUCGUCGUCGCCGUGGCGAUCGGGCUUCCGGGAACCUGCAACGGCGUUGAACGGGCGAGAUCUGUUCCUGGGGCAGCCGGGUUUGGCGGUGGAGAGCGGAUCCGAGUUCUCCGGGUACCGAUUCGAAGCGGUGAAGAUGGUGGUGAAGGGCGAGCAGGAGAGGAGGGGGACGGUGGCGGAGGGUAAGAAGAAGCCGCCCUUCUGCUUCGAUCUCAACCUACCCCCUCCGUUCGUGUGA